AAUUCUGCAAGUGGUUCUGAUUUACUAUCGCUGUUCUCUAGCUGGUCUAAAACCACUUUUGACGUAAAGAGACGCUUCUUGGAUGCCAUGGACGUUUCUCAUUUUCCAGGCAGAAAGAACAGUAAAAAUGCAGGCAGGGCACAGGACAAAGCACUAGGGACAAAAUGUAUGUGAAAUGCUUUGAAACAGUAAUUGCAGUUCGUGAAUGUCACUUUUUAAAAUUUUAAAAUUUCCCGCCGAUUUCCGGCCCCCGUACGUCCCGUGCGUCCCGACGCUUGCAGGGACCGGACCCCGGAAGACGGAUGCUGGUAUCUGCCGGAGGAGAUGGCCCGGGACGCUGCAGGGGGGACAU